CGGCUCUGCUCGAUACCCUUUGACCUCAUCGUAGAUUAAAGGGUUCCUGUGCUGAGUGACAGCUGAGAGUGACCAUCAUCCCUGAUCCAUUGCCCUCAACCUUCACAGAGCACAGGAUGCCAAGGAAGUCGAGGCGGUCUGUGGUGUUGAAGCAGCGCUGGAGGAAGCUCAACCUGGAGGAGCUGAGGUCUUCCCCCACCCCCCCGGAGACGGUGUCCCCCCCGGCUGGAGAGGAGCCUUCCAGAGGGUCAAGGACCAAGAGGACCAGGGAGACCCACCCCCCCUGCUCCCGAGCUCCAGUCGGCAACGCAGUUGGAUCUUCACCCCCAGCUAAGCCCUUCUGGAGCCCGGAGGAUGUUCAAGUUCGUGCACGCCGCGGUACCGGUUACCACCAUCCGGUGGAGACGUGGCCAACUUCGAAGCUCACUGGACGGAGCCACAAGUUGGUCAUCCCACCCAAGUCUCCUGGCAAGCAGUUUGUUCUGAUUGUUGGGGACUCCCAUCUCCGGGCCAUCGUGGACCGUUUCGCCAAGAUGCCAGAAGGGAAGUUUUCUUUUGGUAUCAUGUCGACCCCUGGGGCCCAUGCUGCUCAGCUGCGCACUGAGGUCCUACAUGCAGAGGUUCCUCAAUCCCCUGAUGCUGUUUGUGUUCUUGCUCCUAGCAACAACCUGACUGCGAGCAGGACCGUCGACGAGGCAGCCGUCGACUACGCCCGAUUCCUCACUGCUGUGAGGAGCCGCUGGUCGAAGGUCUUUGUGGUGGACUCCCCCCCCCGCCUGAACGAGGAUGAGGAGCACCAGAGGGCCCUUCGCCACGCGUACCAUCGCGUGACAGCUCGUAUGGGUUUGAGGUACUUCUCUGCGGAGGAGUACUUCCCCCGUACGCGCUUGGAUCUUUGGAGCAGAGACGGCGUUCACCUGAGCGACCGUGAGGGUAUGGGGAUCCUCACCCAGCUGCUGUGGGCCUCCACGGAGCAGUUCCUCGAGACACCACCACCACCUCCCCCUCCCCCGGUGUCUCCUACUCCUUCACAGCCGCUUAGGAAGGUUUCUCCUAAGCUGGUUGUGAAGGGAGAGGUACGUGCUCCUCUGUCUCCUGACCCCUUCCAGUGGAAGGUCGUUGGUCAGAGCAGCAAGCCGCAGGUUCCUGGUCCAGCCAGCGUGGCUCAGCAGCAGGAGAAGGAGUCCUUCCUUCCACUGAACCCGCGGUGGUUUAGUAGCACGACCCUUUGUGCUAUGGAGGAAGUGUCUCCUUCUCAGCUGUCUGACGUGGUGGACGUCCCAUCUCCUCCAGCGUGCAAGAAGGUGGCCUCCCCAGCGACAGCCAGGCGUCAUAGGACCACGGAGAGACGCCCCCCCUGCCACCAGUCUCCUGUGAACAACCAGGUUGGAUCCCCUCCAGCCAGGCUGUCACGGAGACUGGAGGAUGACGGCCCCUCCAGCCCGGUUCCUAUGUCCAGGACCACGGAUGGAACACCCCCCCGCACCCAAACUUCAGUGACCAACCAGCUGGUUGGAUCCCCUCCAGUCAGGUUGUCCUGUAGUUUGGGUGAUCCGGCGACCCCCUGCUGUUCACCGGUUGCGAAGGUGGCCAGGAUGAAGACCCCUUCACCGGUUGGACCAUCCCAGACCAUUAAAGCUGCCUGUCACUCUCCUCGCCCAGUUAAGACCGUCGGGACACCAGUUCCCUCAUCGUCCUGCUGGCCCUGGAUUAUCGAUGACGGACUUGCCACCUCUCAUUCCCCUUCUAAAGAGUGACUGCUCUACCCCUUGCUCUGUGCCACAAGAAAGACUGCAUGAGUGGAUAUGCUACACCUGCGACAGCCACCUUAGCAGAGGAUGCAUACCACCCAUGGCAGUGGUAAACAAUUUGGAGUUGGCGCCCAUCCCCCCAGAAUUGGCUGCACUUAAUGUGCUUGAGAGGCAGCUGAUUGCAAAAAUCUUGCCAUUUGCAAAAAUUGUUGCUCUGCCAAAAGGCCAACAGAGAGCAGUCCACGGAGCUGUUGUGUGCGUUCCAUCAGAGGUGGAAGCGACCGUCAACAGUCUCCCAAGGCCCAGAGCAGAAGCGCAGCUGCUUCAAGUGAAAUUGAAAAGGCACAUUAAAUACAAAGGUUACCAGCACUUUUACAACGUUAAUAUGAAGAAUGUGCUAGCUGGCCUUGCGAAAUUGAAAGAGACACAUUCAGAAUAUAAAGACGUGUUUAUCGAUGAGACUGCAACUUUUGACUGUCUGCUCGAAGAAGAGGAGCCCAUCGAAGAAGAGGAGCCCAGCAUCCCAGAAGAAGAUCGGGAUGUCGAUUUAGAGGAAAUUUUUAAAAGUCAAAACGAGCCGGGACAGUUAGAGGCAGAUGAGGAAGAACAGGAGGAGCUGAGACCAGGCCUCUCCCUGGACACUUGCAUGCAGCCCCCCGACAUUGCACAGGAAAUCCUUUCAUAUGGCGAUGGAGUAUUUAGUGUUGCACCCGCGCAAGGCAACAAACCGGUUGGGUUUUUCACCAUACCAAAGUUGGAGGCCAUGGCUUUUCCUGUACAAUUUCCGACAGGAGAGAACACAUUAGAUGAAGCUAGAACCGUCUCCCUGUCCCCGAGCCUCUACUUUAAUUCUAGGCUCUUUGCUGCAGAUACGCGUUUUGCAAGUGACCAGAGUUAUCUUUUCUUUGCGCAGUUUGUUACAGAGACUCACCUCGCGACAAAUAGUAUGUCUAUACAAAUGCGCAAAGGAAAGUCGAAAACCAAAGACGGCAGAAGGAUUAACAAUGUCAUGCUCCAGGACAAGGAUGAGGUAGAACGGCUCAUCAUGAGCCAAGAUGCAACCAGGUUCAUGCAGCCUCUCAGAGGCACUCCAGCCUAUUGGAAUAAAACGCUUAAAGAUGUGCACGCCAUGGUUCGUCAAAUUGGAAAACCAACAUUUUUUGCCACAUUUUCCGCUGCUGAGAUGAGAUGGCCUGAGAUCAUAGAGGCCAUCAAAGCUCAGCAAGGUGAACAGGGGCUGUUUUCAGAUUUGGAUUGGAAAUCAAAAUGUGACAUUCUGAGAAGUAACCCCAUCACAGUAAUGCGCAUGUUUGAAAAGAGAGUAGAGGCUCUCAUGACGAAUCUCAUCCUCUCUCCUUCACAGCCGAUUGGUGAAGUGGAAGAUUAUUUUUAUCGCGUUGAGUUCCAAGCCAGGGGAAGCCCGCACAUCCACAUGCUCAUUUGGAUAAAAGAUUCACCUAAAUUUGAAGAGGACCCCGAUAGUCACAUCAUGGAAUUUAUAGAUAGAUACAUUAGUUGCAAAAUGCCCGACCCUGACACAGAUCCGGAACUCCACAAAAUAGUGUCAGAGGUUCAGGUGCACAGCAGGAAACAUUCAAAGUCCUGUAAGAAGGGAAAUGUAGCCUGCAGGUUCGGCUUUCCAAAACUACCGAUGGAUAAAACAUUCAUCACCAGGCCACCCACUAUUAAUUGCUACCAAAAAGAGGAUCAAGAUGAUGCAGACUUUGAAGCGCAAAUAGAGGAGCAGAAAAGGGCCCUCGCAGAAAUGCAAAAAUUGGCUAAACAAACGCUCCAACCAGUUAGAGAUCUGCUUAUGGAUCCAGGCGCUUCGUUCAGCAGUUUGACAGACUUGCUUUGCCAGUGCAACUUAACUUACGAGCAAUACUUUGCCGCCGCGCAGCGCCUGGCAAACACCCAUGUCGUGAUGCUGAGGCGCCAUCCAAAUGAUUGUUGGGUUAAUGCCUACAAUCCUGAUUUGCUUAGAGCGUGGAACGCAAACAUGGACAUCCAGUACGUCAUAGACGAUUACAGCUGCAUCAUGUACAUGAUGUCAUAUGUAGCGAAACCGGAGCACGAGAUGACGGAAUUCCUUAAGAACGUCAUCAAGGAUGUAAAGACAUCGGAUGUUAACAAGCGCGACGAAAUGAAACAAAUUAUGCAGGCCUACUCUAAACACAGAGAGGUCAGCGCUCAAGAGGCUGUAGCCCGUACCUGCAGCUUACGCCUCAAGAAGUGCUCCCGAUCCGUGGUGUUUAUUCAGACUGACGAGGAAGGUCUGAAAAUGAGUCACCCUAUGAGUAGACUGGAAAGAAUGGAACCCGGAUCAGUGGAUGUAUGGAUGUCGGGGUUGCCUGAAAAAUACGUCAACAGACCUCUCACUCGAGAGUUUGAACGUAUGUGCCUGGCCGAGUUCGCGUCAGACUACAGGGUAGUCUACGG